AUGCUUUCUGUUGCAUCAGGUUUUCGUCGUAUUGCUCCAGUCUUUAAGAGUGCUGGCAUUCUAGCUGCAUCAAAACACACGCUUCCAGAUCUUCCUUAUGAUUUCGGAGCGCUGGAGCCUGUUAUCUCUGCUGACAUAAUGAAAUGCCACUAUCAAAAGCAUCAUGCUGGUUAUGUUAAUAAUCUAAAUAUCGCCGAGGAACAGUUAGCUGAAGCUAUGCAUAAGAAUGAUGUUACAAAAAUAAUUGCUCUUCAGCCUGCUCUUCGUUUCAACGGUGGUGGUCAUAUUAAUCACAGCAUCUUCUGGAACAAUUUGUCACCCAACGGAGGUGGUGAACCAGAAGGGCCUUUAGCAGAAGCAAUCAAACGUGACUUCGGGUCUUUUGAGGCUUUCAAGGGGAAGAUGACAAAUGCUGCAGUUUCUGUUCAGGGCUCUGGCUGGGGUUGGUUAGGACUUGAACCAGGUUCUGGUAAACUGCACAUUGCCAGUUGUCCAAACCAAGAUCCUUUGGAAGGCACAACUGGCCUCAAGCCAUUGCUCGGUAUUGAUGUUUGGGAGCAUGCUUACUACCUGCAGUACAAAAAUCAGCGCCCUGACUAUGUGAAGGCCAUUUGGUCUAUUAUUAACUGGAAGGAUGUUUCGCAACGUUUCUCUAAAGCACAGUAA